AUGGAUGCAGCAAAGCAGGCAGUCGAAGAAGCCGCCGCUGGCGUGAAGAACCUCGCCGUCGGCGACAAGAAGGCCGCUGCCCCCAAGAAGGACAAGAAGGCCGACAAGAAGCCCAAGGCUGGCGCCGACGAGUCUUCGGGUCCCCUCCUCCUGUCCCCCGAGCCCGACUUCCUCCAGCACCGACUUGACCUUUUCGACAAGAUCAAGAAGAGGCAGGAUGAGGAGUACGCCAAGAAGCCCCGCGAACCUAUUACCAUUACCAUGCCCGAUGGCAGCAUCAAGGCGGGCACCUCGUACGAGACCACACCUGGAGACAUUGCCAAGGGCAUCAGCAACAGCUUGUACAAGCGCACUGUCGUCGCACGACUAGAUGGCGACAAGGAGCAGCUAUGGGACCUGGAGAGGCCGCUCGAGCGCAGCUGCAAACUCGAGCUGCUCGACUUUGAGGAUGAGCAGGGAAAGAUGGUCUUUUGGCACUCGUCGGCACAUAUCUUGGGCGAGGCGGCCGAGAGACGCUUUGGCUGCAGUCUCUGCAUUGGCCCGCCCAUCGAACGAGGUUUCUACUACGAAAUGUCUCUGCCCAACGAUGCCGCUGUCCAGUACACCGACUGGAAGCCCAUUGAGUCCAUUGUCUCUUCCAUUGUCAAGGAGAAGCAGAAGUUCGAGCGCCUUACCAUGACCAAGGAGGAACUCCUCGAGAUGUUCAACUACAACAAGUACAAGCAGCACAUCAUCAAGGACAAGAUUCCCGAUGGAACCUCCACCACCGUCUACCGCAACGGCCCCCUCAUCGACCUUUGCAGAGGUCCUCACGUGCCCGACACUGGUCGCAUUGAGACUUUUGCCGUCGAGAAGAACUCGUCGUCCUACUUCCUGGGCGACGCCAAGAACGACUCCCUUCAGAGAAUCUACGGUAUCUCCUUUCCCGAUAAGAAGAAGAUGGCUGAGCACAAGAAGUUCAUGGAGGAGGCUGCCAAGCGGGAUCACCGAAAGAUUGGCAAGGAUCAGGAACUGUUCUUUUUCAGCGACAUGUCCCCCGGUUCUGCCAUGUGGCUGCCCCAUGGUGCCAGAAUCUACAACACGCUCCUGGAGUACAUUCGCCAGCAAUACUGGAAGCGUGGCUACGAGGAGGUCAUUACCCCGAACAUGUACAAUGCCGAUCUGUGGAAGCAGUCUGGUCACUGGAACUACUACAAGGACGACAUGUUUGUGAUUGACCUGGAGGAAAACGUCAAGUUUGGUCUGAAGCCAAUGAACUGCCCUGGUCACUGUCUGCUGUUCGGCCACCGUGAGAGGUCUCACCGUGAAUUGCCAUGGCGGGUUGCCGACUUUGGUGUCCUGCACAGAAACGAGGCAUCUGGUGCUCUUUCUGGUCUUACUCGUGUGCGAAGAUUCCAACAGGAUGACGCUCACAUCUUCUGUCGUGAGGAUCAGAUCAAGGACGAAAUGAGCGACUUGUUCGACUUCUUGCACGAGAUGUACGGCCUCCUUGGCAUGACCUUCAAGCUGAAGCUUUCCACUCGGCCUGAAAAGUUCAUGGGUGAGAUUGCCACAUGGGACAGGGCCGAGGCUCAACUACGCGAGUCUCUUGAUGGCUUCACAGCCAGCGGAGGCGGCGCAUGGACUCUCAACGCUGGUGACGGCGCCUUUUACGGACCCAAGAUUGACAUUACAAUUGUCGACUGCUUGGGACGUGACUGGCAAUGUGCCACCAUUCAGCUCGAUUUCGUGCAGCCAGUUAACUUCAACCUCGAGUACAUGACCAAGGACGGUGCUCAGAAGAAGGAGGAUUCGGCCAAGGUAGCGGAAGGGCCCAAGGUCAAGGUCAAGAACCCUCAAGCAGUGAUCGACUCGGCCAAGGCCGCCAGAGAAAAGGCCGAGGCCCCGGCCGCCGAGGCCACCGAGGCUCCCAAGGAGAAGGAGUAUGAGAGGCCCGUCAAGCAAGUCUCCCCUGGCUGUGCUCGUCCCGUCAUGAUCCACAGAGCCAUGGCUGGCAGUAUCGAGCGUUUCACUGCUAUUCUCUGCGAGCACUAUGCUGGCAAGUGGCCCUUCUGGUUGUCCCCCCGACAGAUUCUUGUCGUUCCCGUUGGUGUCGGAUUCUAUGAUUAUGCCCAGGAGGUCCAGAAGAUCUUCCACGCUGCAGGUAUUUACAUCGAUGUUGACCUGAGCGGCAACACCCUGCAAAAGAAGAUCCGUACCGGCCAAUUGAGCCAGUACAACUUCAUCUUUGUUGUUGGUGACGAAGAAAUGAAGGGCAGGCAGGUCAACGUCAGAUGGCGCGACGACACCUCGGCCCAGGACCGUGGCAAGCCCAUUGCUCUUGACGAGGCCGUUGAGAAGCUCAAGGCGCUCAAGGGAGACCGUGGCUCGUACAACCCCUUCCCAGAGAUUGUCAAGCCGGCUGCCAAGGAGGAGGCUACAGAGGAAGCAAAGGCCUAA